GGUGAGGGGGCGGGGCCUGGGCACAUAUUAAACUUGUUCCUCGUCUCUUUGACUCAUUGUCAGCGCCUCCCACAUCCAACACACCACAAUGACUGAUUUCGGAGUGUCGUCCUUCAUCACAAACUUCGGUGACCUGUAUGAUGAACUCAACUUUACGUACAAUGACUCUGGGUUCGUCCUGAACCCUGGAACGCAGCCAUGUGACCACUUCUCCCUCUCAGGCGUCAUCACGGCUGUCAUCGCUGUGUUCUACAUCCUCAUCUUCAUCCUGGCCAUUCCUGGAAACCUGGUUAUUGGACUGGUGAUCGGCUUGAGCAAACAGUCUUUGCAGCCGUCGGACCUGUACCUGCUCCACCUGGCGGUCGCCGACCUCCUGCUGGCGGUGACUCUACCGUUCUGGACCACGUCGGUGAUACAGGGCUGGGUGUUCGGGGACGCCAUGUGCAAAAUUGUAACCAUCUUGCAAGAAGUGAGCUUCUACACUAGCAUUCUGUUCCUCACGUGCAUCAGCGUGGACCGUUACCUCGUCAUCGUGCGAGCUCUGGAGGCUCGUCGGACGAACCGCCAAAUGGUCAGCUGGGGGGUCUGCGCUUCUGUCUGGAUGGUCGGAACCUUUCUGUCUCUGCCGGGGUUCUUCAGUUCUGCUCACAGAGCUCAAAAUUCUACCCUGACAGUUUGCAGUGAACUUUACGAUCCAAGCAGAGCCGACACGUGGCGGUUGGCCACCAGAAUUUCUCGCCACAGUCUUGGUUUCAUCAUCCCGUUGGCCGUCAUGCUGGUCUGCUACGGAAUAACCAUCCAGCGCCUCCUUCACAUCCGCGGAGGCUUCCAGAAACAACGAGCCAUGAGGGUGAUCGUGUUCGUGGUGGUCGCCUUCCUGCUGUGUUGGACGCCGUACCACGUCGCGGUGAUGGUCGACACCUUCUUCAGGGCGAAGAUUGUACCGUACCAGUGCCCGGCGAGGAUGGCUGUCGAUCAGACCAUGUUUGCGACACACAGUCUGGGCCUCCUCCACAGCUGCGUCAACCCGGUGCUGUACGCAUUUGUGGGAGAAAAGUUCCGAAGGAGGCUCCGACAGAUCAUGAGGAAGAUGGGGAUCCCGAAGAAGACGACGAUGACGAGAAGCAGCCGGUCAUCAAUGUCGUCAGAAAUCACAUCCACGGUCAUGUGAUGGAACACGGAUGAACCAUUUAGACACAGAUGAGGUCGUUUUAAUCAUGUAUUGAAUGCAUGAUCUCAGGUCUUUCACGGUGAUAGGACUGAGUUCAAUUAACCCUUAAAGACCCAAACAGACACCAGCGACCGAAACCACCUACUGAUCUAAACGGUUUAAUACCUGUUGAUCCACUAAUCCAACAAUCCAUGUCUAUAAUUGGUGU